CAAUACAUCACCACAAAGAAUCCUCGACUUCCGUCAUUGGGAAUUGCGUAGUACCAAUUCCACUCUAAACGAUGUUGCCGUUAAGAACAGCCCCGAGGAGGGCAACUGGCCUGCGUUCCUUUUCGACAUCCCGCGUGCUGCGGUCCGAGGAGCUAUCACAUCAGAUCUUCGGUCCUGAGAAUGAACAGGCUGUUCGAAGUCCGAUUCUCUUCUUGCAUGGACUUUUUGGAUCGAAGCAGAAUAAUCGGAGUAUUAGUCGGGCCCUUGCACGUGACUUGAAGCGUCAAAUAUACACCCUGGAUCUCCGGAAUCAUGGACAUUCGUUCCAUGCCCAGGAGCACAACUAUACAAUUAUGGCUGAGGACGUGGAGAAGUUCAUUGACCAGCAGAAGCUAGAUAAAUGCGUGUUGAUUGGGCACUCUAUGGGUGCCAAAACCGCCAUGGCUGUUGCUCUGCGCUUUCCUGAUCGUGUGUCGGGCCUUGUGCCCGUCGACAAUGCACCCAUUAAUGCUCGGUUGCAGAGUGAUUUUGGGAAAUAUGUCCGAGGCAUGCAGCAUGUCGAGGCCGAGCAGGUGACGAAGCAGUCCGAUGCGGAUAAGAUUCUGCAGAGUUAUGAAGAGGCCCUCCCCAUUCGACAAUUCCUUCUGACCAACCUGAUCCGCUCAGAGGAUCAGACAAUGAAAUUUCGCGUUCCGCUGUCGACAUUGGGUGCUUCACUUGAAGACAUGGCUGACUUCCCAUUCCGUGAACCGGGGGCUGUAACAUAUGACGGGCCAACCCUUGUUGUUCGGGGCACCAAGAGCAGAUACGUUUCGGAUGAGUCGCUCCCCGCUAUCAAGAAGUUCUUCCCAAACUCUGAAGUUGCGGAUGUCGAGGCCGGGCACUGGCUCAUUUCAGAGAAACCUGAAGCAUUCCGACAAGUGGUUGUUAAGUUCUUGAAGAAUACGCCAUAGUGGCGGGAUCAAUGGGGUAUUGAUUAAGCAAAAGAAGUGUAUACCUCGCUGGGAACAUUAUGCAUAGACGUAUUUGUAAAUAAUACUCAUAAAAACAGACAUAUGAACGGUAACCACACCACGCCAACGCAGAAUAUAGUAUCAAGGAACACAAACUCUAUUACAGUCAUGAGU